CCGGGAGAGCGGCCUCCGCGAGUUCGGCCGGCAACUGCGGCUCCCGCCGGACACCCCCGUGCUUAGUGUGGUAGAGACGUAACCCCCACCCCAGCCUCUGUCGAAGGGAAGGAUACCUUCCCAGGCGUUGGGAGGGGGGGGCUCUUACGGAACCGCCCUCUCGGCCCCGCCCCAGUCCUGCGCCCUGCGGACGGGCAGCUGCCCCUGCCCACAGGUGGGUGCUGGCCUGCUCAGGGCCGACUUGGAGGACGCGAGACCCUGGGCACGCAGCGAGGCGGCCCGCGGGCUAGGAACACACGCGAGGUUGAGCUCCCACUCGGCCCGCGCAGCGCCCACGGGGACAGCCCUCUGAGCGGCGGGGCCGGCGCGCAGCCUUAAACCGCCAGUCGGCUGGGCGGGGGCCAGGAGCGGACGUGCACCCAGAGAGAACCCGGGAAGGCGCUGCGGGCAAACUUGAGGCCAACGGACAGCCUGGGGCGGGGCUGGCGGGCUGGCGGGCAGAGGGCCUCUGCCCGAGCUAGUGGGCGGUGCCGGGGCGCGUGACGUCGUCGCCAAUGAGCGAGCAGCGCGGGGACUUUGAAGUCCUGCCGCCCAAUCGGGCAGAGACGGCGCCUAUAAAGCGCGCGGCGGCGGCCGGCCGGCUCGAGACAGUGUCGGCGCGCCGGUGAGCGAGGUCGUAGGUGGGGGAGCAUGGCUCGCACGAAGCAGACGGCGCGCAAGUCGACGGGCGGCAAGGCGCCCCGCAAGCAGCUGGCCACCAAGGCGGCCCGCAAGAGCGCGCCGGCCACGGGCGGCGUCAAGAAGCCGCACCGCUACCGGCCGGGCACCGUGGCGCUGCGCGAGAUCCGGCGCUACCAGAAGUCGACCGAGCUGCUGAUCCGCAAGCUGCCGUUCCAGCGGCUGGUGCGCGAGAUCGCGCAGGACUUCAAGACGGAUCUGCGCUUCCAGAGCUCGGCCGUCAUGGCGCUGCAGGAGGCGAGCGAGGCCUACCUGGUAGGCCUGUUCGAGGACACGAACCUGUGCGCCAUCCACGCCAAGCGCGUCACCAUCAUGCCCAAAGACAUCCAGCUGGCCCGCCGCAUCCGCGGAGAGCGGGCUUAAGCAGCGCGCUCUCGUCUCCGGUUUCCAUCCUCGGCCCAAAGGCUCUUUUCAGAGCCACCCACGUACCACGAGAAAGCAGCUGUGCGCUCCGUCCCCGGGGCCCCGGCGGUCGGGUGGGGUGGAGAGGGGGCUGGUGCGGGUGGUGGUGAGCGAUGGCUUCGGGCCCGGGUCUCCCCCUGGCAGCCGUUUAAAGGCGCUGGGGCUCGCGCUACCGCCUGUGGCCUUGGCCCGUUUGCUACUGCCGUCUCUGGCACGGCGGUUUGCGCCCGCUCGCGCCCUGUCCUGGGCGGUAACGGCCGCCCGGAGUGCGCGCGGGGCUCGCUGUCGGGGGCGCGCCCGUGUGCGCGGGAACGGCCUCUCGCUCUACCUCGGCUUUGGGAUGUCCGCCUCGGCUCCGCCCCAUUCUUCCGGUCCACUUGGAGAUGCCUGGUCCCGUGCUGCGGAUUUCCGGUCUGAGACUGUUGGCUCUGCUUACCGCUUACCGCUUCUUUUUAGUACCUCCGGCGCUCCUGGGGAUUUGGCCUUAUUGUUCACAGGCCGGUUAGAAGCAGGAGCCGAAAUGCAGAUGGUUGUGUUGCAGGACAGAGGCCAGCUGAGGAAGGGGUCGUGUAAGGACCACCGGCAGAGUUGUCCCAAGAGGCCCAGUUGGCAUCCCAGCACCGUGUUGCACUCUGAAGUUCAGAAAUGAUGACUGGUGUUCACA